AUGCCAGGCCUGAGCCCGCCAGCCACAAAACCAGAUAGCGGCAGAGGCGACGCGCACCGACUUGCGCCAACCGAGGUGAAAGCGCUCAAAGCGUCGCAAGAGGCAGUGGAACACUGGCUACCCCAGGUGCAAGCCUGGCUGGUACUGAAGCCAGUCCACGAAAGCCUCGACGCUCCAACGGCGGAGGGAACAAAAGCCGGAGAGCGGGCCGAAAAAAAGGCGCAGAAAAAGCGCCUUGAGGAAGAGAAAAAGGCCGAGGCGGAGCGCAAAAAAAAGGAAGAGGCACAGAAGGAAAGAAACAAGAAAAGGCGCCAAAAACGACAAGAGGAAAAAGAGAGCAACGACCCGCAGGCGCGCAGGAAAAUCGGGAGAACUCGAGACGCACGACGCGUCCCCGACGCAAACGCGAGGUCCGCCUGGCCCGGGUCGCGGCUCUCGAAAAAGACCGAAAAAGGAAAGCCCAGAGCUCGGACCUCGUGGGCGGAAGACGGGAUCAUAUAUUAUAAUUAG